AGAGGAAGGGAAGAAAGGGCAGCUGCGGAGGCUUCGUUGGGCGCUGGCGGGCAUGCGCGGGGUUCGCUCGCGCAGGCGCUGUGGGCCGACAACAAAGAGGGACUGAGGCGGCGGCGGCGGCGGCGGCGCCUCUUUCUCCCCGAUGGCUGCCGCGUUUCUUGUCGCGCUGUACGAAUACUCGCCCCUCUUCUACAUCUCCGUCGUCUUCAUCUGCUUCCUGGUCACCAGCGGCCUGGUCAUGGGCUGGUUUGGGUGGGAUGUUCCCGUGAUUCUGAGAAAUUCAGACGAAGCUGAAUCGACGGUGAAAGUGUCCCAGAAACAGAUGCGGCAGGUGAAAAACCCAUUCAGCUUGGAAAUAAAAAACCUGGAAGCGGCUUCAGUUGCAAAUGGCAUAACGCUGGUGCCUGAUUGCCUGGAAGACUGCCUCCUUACGUGCUACUGGGGCUGCAGCGUGCAGAAGAUCCACGAAGCUCUGCAGAAGCAUGCUUACUGCUUUCGAAUAAAAACUCCACAGGCCUUUGAGGAUGCCGUAUAUGACGAGUACCUCUACCGCCAGCAGUAUUGCAUCAAGACAUCUGACAAAGCGGGGAAGCACUGCCAGGUACCCGAAGAGGCACAAAUCAUUGACUUUGGCCCCGUGCCCAGAUCUCGGUACCCGCUAGUUGCACUGCUGACGCUGGAGGAUGAAGGCAACAGAGAAAUAUAUGACAUUGUUUCUAUGGUAUCUAUAAUUCACGUUGCUGAUGACAGUUACAGGCUUUCCUGUCGAAUACUGUAUCAGUAUCUCCUCAUGGCCCAGGGCCAAUUUCAUGAUCUAAAGCAACUGUUCAUGUCUGCCAACAGCAACGCCUCAUCUCUAAGCAGCCCUCCCUCGGGUGACAGGACAGAGGACCGCGUCCUCCUGGAGAAAGCCGGGCUGGCUGAAGACGAGGCGGACCUGCCAGAUGAAAACAGCAAGGACUGCAUCGUCUGCCAGAACAGGGCUGUCAACUGGGUGCUCCUCCCUUGCCGGCACACCUGCCUGUGCGACGAAUGCGUGAAAUAUUUCAAGCAGUGCCCAAUGUGCCGGCAGUUUGUUGGGGAGUCCUUUCCCCUGUGCGGCCGAAAAGAGUGAAGAACUGGGGGCGAAAGGACAGAGCGGUGUGCACUUUUAUCCAGGCCGAAAGAGAGGAGAAAUUCAUGUAAAGAGUUGAAAAGAUGAGUUUGGACCUUCUGGAAUAGUACCGAAGACCUUCCCUUCCACUUGAACUUUGGUGGCUGGUUGUCUGGCCAGCUCUAAAGCAAGGUUGGCACUGUCAGCAUCGCCCUUGAGCCAGUGCCACCAACUGGACUCACACACUUCAGCCCCGACUGGGCUAGGCGAGCUGGGUAGCACUUCCAGAGACCACCUUCUGCACAGGAACAGGUCAAAGUGGUGUGGACUCACAGCUUAGUGUUGUGAGCACCAGAUUCACUCCCACAAGAAGACAGUCGUCGCACAGCAGAGUAUAGCAGAGUAUAGCAGAGCAUAAACGACUCGGAGAGCAGCUCUGUAGAAUAUCUUCUUUUAUUCUAUCAACAACUAUAAUACACAACUAUGUACAGAGCUAAAUGAGGUCUAAACGAAAAUGCUGAACUGCACUGAGUGUCUGCAGCUGCUCUUAGCAGCAACCUUAUCUAUACACACAACCUCUCUCUAACACUCAGUCUCUCUCUCUUUGAUGUGUGGCUGGAGUGGAAUAAGUAGAGAGCAGAAACCGCCCCCUCCUCUCUGGAGAAACAGCAGAGAAUAUCAGCAGAUUCUUGGAUAUGGGAGGGGUGAAAUCUCCUCAGGCACCUUCCCUUUGCAGUGGAUUUGAUUUGGAAGCAACGGUGAUGCUAAGGCUUGGGUUGCACUGCUGCCUCUGCCUCCCGCAACAGUGCAAACAGUGUAGUGCCUCUGCGCAUUACAGGCAGAAACAGUGCUUUGAACUCUGUCUAAAGGAUAUCUCCUUGUAUGUGCAUAUAAAUUUAUUGGGUAUUUUCAUGGAACUUUUCACCAAGAAGUUUCUCUCGACAGACUGAUGUGGAGAAAGAGGAAAUAUCCCCCGGGAACACUUAAUUUGUAUUUAUGUUCUUGUGUGUGUUUUUUAAAUUGCUCUCAGCCUGGUUUUCUACUUGAUAGUAAUGUUGCUCUUUUCAGUUGCAGCAAGUGGGGGGGACGGGACAGAAGCAAAGAAAUAAAAUAUAGAAAGAGUUUUCCUUGCAACUCUUCAGUAGGUCCACAUA